AUGGGGAUAAUAUGGGUGGAGGUCUGCUUGAUAUCUGCACAUGGACUCCAGCAACCAACCUCACUUUGGAAGCGUCAAUGGUUUGCUGUUGGAUGGAUUGAUCUUAACAGCAAAUAUUGCACUAAAGUUGUUGAUUCAGGGAGUGCAAAUCCUGUGUGGAGAACCAAGUUUGUCAUUCCUGUUGAUGACUCAGCGCCAAAUCUCCAAGAUUUGGCACUGAACGUCGAAGUUUACAGUAUAGACCCCAUAUUCUUCACGGAAAAGCUUCAUGGCUCAGCAACAGUUUUUCUCAGAGAGUUUCUUGUCAAGCAGGUAAAGAAUUCUAAAGUCUACAAUCCCAAGCAACAAGAAGUUGGAAGCUACCAAUUACGAAAGAAGAAAUCCAACCAACCAAGAGGUUUCAUCGACAUUUUAAUUCGUAUUUCUGACAAAAAGAAAGAGCCAAAUUCCCAAUCAGGAAACAAGGAUGGAAUUUUGCUCUUAGAUGAUGCAGACAGUACCCAAUUCAACAUAGAGGGAGGAGUAAGGCAAGCAUACCGUCGGAAGCCUCAGGCCUCAAUCCAUCAGCCAGAAGAUCAUGUACAAACAAAUAUCCCAGACUACCACCAUUCAGGGCCAUUCACCACUACAAACUAUUAUGAUCCAUAUGUGGGUGAAGCAAGCUACCAUGAGAUGGGUGAAAGAUGCUACCAUGAGGUAGGUGAACCAUGUUACCAUGAGAUGGGUGAACCAUGUUACCAUGAGGUAGGUGAACCAAGCUACCAUGAGAUGGGAGAAACAAGCUACCAUGAGGUAGGUGAACCGAGCUACCAUGAGAAGGGAGAAACAAGCUACCAUGAGGUGGGUGAACCAAGCUACCAUGAGGCAGCUGGACCAAGCUAUCUGCUGCCAAGAACAAUAACACCUCCUCCACCGCCCCCACCAUCAAAUGUUGGCUAUAUUCCCACCUUUCUCCCAGGAAAUGAUGGCUUGUCUCCAAGCUACAGGUCAACAACCAGGGCAGCCCCUGGUCAGAGGGUACCUGCAGGAGUUGUAAUGGGGUUAGGUGCUGGAGCACUAGCUGCCGGUGCUGUAAUCUUUGGUGAUGACUUCAUGUCGGGGUUUGAUGUUCCUCAGGGCCUAGGAGAUUCUAGGUUCAACCUAGAUACGGAUCCUCCUUUCUGA